AUGAAAAUCGAUAUAACAUUAGAUGAGGUACAAAAUGCACGUUUCCGAAAUAUUUAUUACGAUAUUAUACGAGAAUAUUUGAAAAAAGGCCUAUUCAAUGAAAAAGAAUUAGAAACUGUUUUAAUGAUUUAUCAUAAAUUUGUUUUAGCAAAUGGACCAAAAGCCAAAUAUAUGACAAAAAGACAAUUUGCCGAAUUCUUUGCAAUUUAUUUUCAAAUUUAUGAUUUAAGAAUAAUCGAAAGAAUUAUAUUGAAAUUAACAGUUAAUGAAGCUAUUGUAAUAUAUGUGAAACCUCAAAGUUGGUUAAAUUUAUAUAUGAUUUGUACAACAGAUUCUUUAGAUGAUUUAAUGGAAUAUGUAUUUGGAGUUUAUGAUUUACAUGAUUCAGGAUUUUUAACACGUGAAGUCAUAACAAUUUUUAUAUCAAGUUGUGUUGUUGAAGAAGAAGAUGAUACUGAAGAAUUAACAUUAGAUAUGGUUGAUUUAAUAAUAAAACGUUUUGAUAUUGAUAAAGAUGGUCGAAUAUCAUAUGAUGAUUAUUGUCAAACUGUACGAAAAACACCAGAUUUAUUACAAUUUUUAGGAACAUGUGUUCCAUCUAAUGAACACGAAUUAAUAUUUAAUAGAAAAUUGUAUAGAUAA